CGCCAUGUCUCCCGGAGAAAAGCGGCAGGUUAUUUUAAGUUUGGCGGCGGUUCUUGGGGUGUCUCUUACUGGAUUACUACUUUAUUUGUUACCUGAGCUGGUGUUGGCAAGUGUUGGGGGUGUAGCGUGCGUUGCUUGGUUUUGGACUCGAAAACAUCCUAGGAGGGGCCUUGUCUGUUCUCGUGGUGUGGCUUUAUUACUGCAGUUACCACCGGCUCUCAGACGUUGGAUCCCGCUCAAAGCAGUCAACGGUGGUCCGCGGACAUCAGGCCGAUCUGUGCGCCAGGGUUUUCGUGGGGUACGCUUCACUGGUGUUGAACGGUUUUGGGAGAAUUUACGCUUUUUUGGUACUGAAGAUCUCAUUCCCUCAGAGGCACGCACAAAACUACUCACUCCCCGUGAUUUGUUAAUGGGGAGUUACUUGGGAAAGCCUGAAAAAACUAGCAGUCACUUAGAGACUGCACCGGGAAAGGCAGCGAGCCGGGAGUUGAGAGAACUGCUUGCAAGACCAAAUCAUGUUGUACCAAGCCCGACCAGGCGAUUGUCAUUCGGGGAAUCUGUGACUAUGUCGAAUAGAUUUACUAUUGUACCACGCAGACGUUAUCCGAUACAGCAGCCACAGUAUGCGUUGCUGGGAGCCUUACCUGCUGUGAGAUGGGAUGGCUUUCAGAAGAAAACCGUCCUUUCACCUAGGAAUUCUGCAAUGGUUCAGAGUCCUGUCAGAGUGAGAAUUGCACGACCUGAUAUUUCAAUCAUGCGGUCACCUAUACUUGAGCAGUUGCCAUCUUCACUGAACCGUCCCCCUAUUGGCUGUCCAGACCCCUGUGCGAGAGAGACUGUGCUGAGCGCUUUGAAAGAGAGACGGAAGAGAGGAGUGGAGGAAGAAGGGACUUCUACUUCAGACCAGGAGAACAAGCGAAGGCGCCAUGACAGUAGUGGAAGUGGACACUCUGCCUUUGAACCUCUUGUGGCUAAUGGAGCACCAGCGUCUUUAGUUCCCAAGCCAGGAACUUUGAAGAGAGAUUUGAGCUCUCAAGCAUUUGAGGAUUCAUUGCUUAAAAGGUCUCGGACUUCCUCAGUCAGUUCAAUGAGUAGCUCUGUUGCUGGAGGAAUAUCAUCUGCAAGAAAUGCAAUCUCCAGUUCAUACAGUUCUAGUUGGGAGGUAAACAAGGUUCGGAAAAGUAUUGGAGUGAAUGCAUCUCCUCUUUCAAGCAAUGAGUCAUCCAGGUCUGAAACGCCAGAGAAACCAUCUAAAAAACUAAGGGCAGAGGAACCACAAGAUUCCAACACAUCUACCCCAGUAAAGAAGGAUAAAGUAGAACAAGCUCAGCUCAAAGAAAAAGCCAAAAGCUCUCCACAGUCCACCUUUGCAUUUGCUUCUACAUCAGAAGGUGAUGGGAAACGUAGGAGGAAGGUACCACUUUUGCCUGUGCGAAAAGAACCACUUAUAUUGCCUCCACCACCUCAGCUUGGGUAUAACGUUACAGCAGAUGAUUUGGAUAAUGAAAAAAGAAUGGAGUUAGAGAGAAUAAAAAAAGUUUUUGAAGAAAAGCCAGAAGCUGACCAGUCUUCAGCCAGUACUAUGACUACACAAAUGUCUGCUACAUCACAGUUUGCACUCCCUAAGUCAUCGUCAGGGAAAGAUGCUGUAGCUGCUGCUUUAAGUACAUCAGUAGCUGUAGCAAGCCCGUUACUUGAGUCUGCAAAGGUGAAAAGUAGUGGUUCUCCAGCAUUUGCAGAUUCGUCUGUUGGUGCAGCACCUUCUACUACUACGGACGUCCCAGCGAAUGCAUCUGUCAGCUUUACAGGAGCAGCAUCAGUGACCCAAACGGAAACCUCUGUGCCUGUGCAGUCAAAUUCAUUAUUGAACUCUACCUUUUCCUUAACAUCUUCACCACCAGUUCAGACAAACAGCACAUUAUGCAAUUCUUUCCCUGCAAAUCAAAUGCAGGUACCCAUCAGAAGCACUUUUACGCCAUCCUGUGAUUCUAAGGGGCAGACUGUGAGCUCAGCUGCAAAUAUAUCUUCCUCUUUGGGUUUCUCAUCCAGUACCACAACUUUACCAGUGUUUAAACCUAUUUUUGGUACUGCCUCAGCUGGUCAGAAUAGCACUACAUUAGUAACGACACCAGCAAUUGCUUCCCCAUCUACCACAAGUACUGCAUUUAACCCUGUUCUUUCAAGCUCUUUGUCUUCAGCAGGGUCUAGUACAGCUUUUACUUUCGGACAGUCUUCACAGUUGGCAGCAGCAAAUACAUUUAACCCAUCGGUCACUACUACUACUGGCUGUGUUUUUUCUGGACUUGGUCAUGCAGAAACAAAUGGUCUUAAUGCAGCUACAAAUCCCAAAGCCAGUGUUGGACUUAAUACCUCAAGUUCUGGUUCAAGUGAAAGUGGUUCUUGUAAGCAGUCAGUCUUCCAGCUUAGUGUUGCAACAACAAGUGCUGCCACAAGCACAGCAUCUGGGUUGGCCACAAAUGCAGGUUUUCAGUUUGGCAAACCUGCAGCCCAAGCCAUAGCUUCCCAAUCAACGUCUGUCUUCGGCCAGUUAGGCUCAUCUAGUCAGCCAGCAAAUGCAUCAAGUUCAAAUAUUUUUGGUGGCUAUAACAGCACAAGCGCUGCAUCUUCUGCUGCUACUUCAAGCCAGACAACUUUCACAUUUGGAGUUCCUUUUGGUGGCAGCACAAGUCUGCCUCAGUCAGGAGUAGCUGGCCAACCAGGUUUCCUUAGCAACACAAGUAGCCAGCAUAGUUUAGGUAAAACUGCUACAAGUCAGUUUAACUUUGGAAGUGCUAUUGCUCCUUUCACUUUUGCAGGGAACUCUGCACAGCCCACUUCACAAACAGCAUUUGGAACAACUACACAGGCCACAUUUCCUAGUACCACAUCUCCGCUUUCUUUUGGGGUAGGCACUAGCCAGACAACAUUUGGGAAUACCUCCUCUGUGUUCUCGUUUGGUACAUCAACUUCCUCUACUGCGGCAUCCACAUUUGGUUCCAACACUCAGACUUCAAGCACCAAGGCUGCCAGUGGUUCAAUUUUCAGUGCUACUAAUACAGGUUUUAACUUUGGUGGAGCCACUCAAAGUACAGGAACAAAUGCUUUUGGAAUGGAGUCCAGUAAUCCAGUUGCUCCAUCUGGAGGCUUUGCUUUUGGGUCUGGGCAAACAAGUGCCCCAAGCCUGGCAGGAGCUUUUGGUGGAGGCUCUGGAUCCCAGUUUAGCAGCUCUACUAAUCAAGCAAGCCAGAAUCUUAGUAAUUUCACGUUUGGCUCCACGAAUACAGCUGAGAACAAGUCCACGUUUGGAGGAAAUACAACACCUGCAUUUGGACAGAGCAGUGCUGGAGGGGGCUUUUCUUUCGGAACUCCAAGUACCCCAGCUCCAAGCUUUGGGGGAAGUCCAUCAACACCAUUUGCAUUUUCCAUUGGUUGUGGAUCAAAAGUUUCGGGUGCCAGGCAAAGGCUGCAAGCCAGGCGACAACAUCUACGCAAAAAGUAAUUUUGAGGCAGAAACCAAGAUGGCAUGUGUAACAGAGCUCCACAAAGGCACCAUACACUGUAAUGCAGACAUGCAGUUUGACUUUGUGGUGGCAACUGCUCAUCAUCGUGUACCUCUCAUAAGUUGCAAGUGAACCCCUUCAGGGAAUGUGAAAUGUCGUCUUCAUCAGAAGACGCUUCUGAAUGUUGAAACUCUGCUUUGCGUUACAUCUGUAUUGAAUACGGAAGCAAAUUACCAACAUAUCCUAGUAACUUGAACUAGUCCAUUAUUUUAACUGGACAAGAAUGUAAAUAUCUGUUAAUUCAUUUGCUCUCUUGUUUUUCUCACUGUCUGUGUUUGUCAUCCCAUGAAACAACUUGUAUCUUUUUUGUCCCUGUAAUGUCUGCUUUCCCCUGUUCUGUACAGUGUUAUUUCUCAAAUAAUUCUCUUAAAUGGACACAGCAACCAGUCAGGUUUCAUGUUUCCAGUUCUGUCUUAAGUAUUUUUGUGCCUGCAGUUUAUGUAUUUUACAUUGUGCUUUGCUACCUCUUAGAAUUAAGUUUUAUUAUUCAUGUUCAUCUUGAACCUGCAGUAUCCUUUUCCUCAAAAUAAUGGAAUUUACUCAAAUGUAAAUAUUCAUUUUUUUCCAUGUUCCUUUGGGUUGAAGCUGCCUAUGGAUUUGCUUGGCAAGUAUUCCUGUUGAAUUGCAACUCUGCACUUAAAAAUAGUCAAGUGUCUUAUCAGUUUUCCCAUGUGCCAGAAGAAGACUAAAUCCAGUCAGCUAACAUUUUUUAAAGAAGAACAUUAUAUUCAACUUAAUGUGGUGCCCUACCUGUUAUUUUCAGAUCACUUUGGAACUGCAGGCUUCUUAGUACAACUAUUUCAGAUUGAAUGCUGUAUAACAUUUUUUGCUGUCACUGACUAGUUGAUUUAAUUGCUCAGAACAUUUUAGGGAGACCCUAUUUCUGCAAGUGUGGAUUCUUUGAUUUUUUUAUGCAUUGACUGAUGUCUGGAUGUUUGUGACUAAUAUAAAUAGAACUGAAAAGCCAACGUUAGUUCCUUGGUUUUAAGAAUGAGAACAAGUUAUAUGAACUUGUCCUGAAGCCAGUUAAGCACAGUAAAUUGUCUUGAUUGCAUCUUGUAACAUUUGCCAGAUUGCCCCCAAUCAGACACAAAUAUGUAGUCUCUAGAAGUCAAUUAGCUUAAGGUUCUGUGAUGUUUCAGCAGUAAUGCUUGACAUUAAUGUUUUAUUGUGAUACCAGUUUGUCCAAUUUAGUAAGCAGUUAGCUCUUCUGGAAAAGCACUCUUUG